AUGCACUUCUGCCCCAAGCCCGCCUGCCGCCAGUGGUUCCCCUGCGACUGCCUCGAGCACGCCGAGUCGCACGACGCGCACGACUCCGUCGACACGCAUGCGUUCAACCUCCUGCGCUCAGAUCCAGACAGCGACGACCCCUUCCCCCUUCCACCCCCCUCCUCACGAGGGAAGGGAAACGGCACGGGCGCACCGUGGACGCUCCCCGCGCUCCCCGCGAAGCUGCACGAAGCCGCCGCGCAGCAGAUGCUCGAGGGCGUCCCGCCCUACGGCCUCGUCGGCAACGCGCAGCCCGUCGCCGCCGCGCGCCCGGUGACGCCCGCGCGGCCAGGGCCGCGCUCGACGAGUGGAUAG